AUGUGUAAAUCACUGCGUUAUUGCUUUAGUCAUUGUCUCUAUUUAGCAAUGACAAGACUGGAAGAAGUAAAUAGAGAAGUAAACAUGCAUUCUUCAGUGCGGUACCUUGGCUAUUUAGCCAGAAUCAAUUUACUGGUUGCUAUAUGCUUAGGUCUUUAUGUAAGGUGGGAAAAAACAGCAAAUUCCUUAAUUUUAGUCAUUUUUAUUCUUGGUCUUUUUGUUCUUGGAAUUGCUAGCAUAUUAUAUUAUUAUUUUUCAAUGGAAGCAGCAAGUUUAAGUCUCUCCAAUCUUUGGUUUGGAUUCUUGCUUGGCCUCCUAUGUUUUCUUGAUAAUUCAUCUUUUAAAAAUGAUGUGAAAGAAGAAUCAACCAAGUAUUUGCUUCUGACUUCCAUAGUAUUAAGGAUAUUAUGCUCUUUGGUGGAGAGAAUUUCUGGUUAUGUUCGUCAUCGACCUACUUUACUAACUACAGUUGAAUUUCUGGAACUUGUUGGAUUUGCCAUUGCCAGUACAACUAUGUUGGUGGAGAAAUCUCUCAGUGUCAUCUUACUUGUUGUAGCUUUGGCCAUGUUGAUUAUUGACCUGAGAAUGAAGUCUUUCCUAGCUAUUCCAAAUUUAGUUAUUUUUGCAGUCUUGUUAUUUUUUUCCUCAUUAGAAACUCCAAAAAAUCCAGUUGCUUUUGCUUGCUUUUUUAUUUGUCUGAUAACUGAUCCUUUCCUUGACAUUUAUUUUAGUGGACUUUCAGUAACUGAAAGGUGGAAACCCUUUUUGUACCGUGGAAGAAUUUGUAGAAGACUUUCAGUCGUUUUCACUGGAAUGAUUGAGCUUACGUUUUUUAUUCUUUCAGCAUUUAAACUUAGAGACACGCAUCUCUGGUAUUUUGUAAUACCAGGCUUUUCCAUUUUUGGAAUUUUCUGGAUGAUUUGCCAUAUUAUUUUUCUUUUAACACUUUGGGGAUUUCAUACUAAAUUAAAUGACUGCCAUAAGGUGUAUUUUACCCACAGAGCAGAUAACAAUAGCUUAGAUAGAAUCAUGGCAUCCAAAGGGAUGCGUCAUUUUUGCUUAAUUUCAGAGCAGUUAGUUUUUUUUAGUCUUCUUGCAACAGCAAUUUUGGGAGCUGUUUCCUGGCAGCCAACAAAUGGAAUCUUCUUGAGCAUGUUUCUGAUUGUUUUGCCACUGGAAUCCAUGGCUCAUGGGCUUUUUCAUGAAUUGGGUAACUGUUUAGGAGGAACAUCUGUGGGAUAUGCUAUUGUGAUUCCCACCAACUUCUGCAGUCCGGAUGGUCAGCCAACACUCCUUCCACCGGAACAUGUUCAGGAGUUAAAUUUGAGGUCUACUGGCAUGCUUAAUGCCAUCCAAAGAUUUUUUGCAUAUCAUAUGAUUGAGACCUAUGGAUGUGACUAUUCCACAAGUGGACUGUCUUUUGAUACUCUACAUUCCAAACUGAAAGCUUUCCUUGAACUUCGGACUGUGGAUGGACCUAGACAUGAUACAUAUGUUUUGUAUUACAGUGGACACACCCAUGGUACAGGAGAGUGGGCUCUAGCAGGUGGAGACAUACUACGCCUUGACACACUUUUAGAAUGGUGGAGAGAAAAGAAUGGUUCCUUCUGUUCCCGGCUUAUCAUUGUAUUAGACAGUGAGAAUUCAACCCCUUGGGUGAAAGAAGUGAGAAAAAUCAAUGAUCAGUAUAUUGCAGUGCAAGGAGCAGAGAUGACAAAGACAAUAGAUAUCGAAGAAGCUGACCCACCACAGCUGGGUGACUUUACAAAAGACUGGGUGGAGUAUAACUGCAACUCCAGUCAUAACAUCUGUUGGACUGAAAAGGGGCGCACAGUGAAAGCAGUAUAUGGUGUGUCAAAAAGGUGGAGUGACUACACUCUGCAUUUGCCAACAGGAAGUGAUGUGGCCAAGCACUGGAUGUUACACUUUCCUCGUAUUACAUAUCCUCUAGUACAUUUGGCCAAUUGGUUAUGUGGGCUGAACCUCUUUUGGAUCUGCAAAACUUGUUUUAGGUGCUUAAAAAGGUUAAAAAUGAGUUGGUUUCUUCCUACUGUGCUGGACACAGGACAAGGCUUCAAACUUGUCAAAUCUUAAUUUGGACAUCAAAGGAAGAUCUUAUUGAAGUUCAUGCUACCAUUUAUCACUAGCCAUUUUUUGUAUGCUGUAUUUUUAUUUGUGGAAAACAUCUUGCUACUUCUGUAGCUGCUCUCACUCUUUUAUCAAGUUAUUAUGGUGUGUGUAAGGUAUUGGAAAUAAGCAUUAUUUUAUACUAAAAAUAUGUAAGGAGUCAUACAUGCUGACUCUAUGUACAUGCAUAAAAGAUGGUAAAAAUAACAAUGCACUUUCGGGAAUGUUUGCUUCCGUUUAGAAAGAAAACAGUUUUCUAUGCUGUGCAAUGGCCAAUGAAGAAUUACUGAUGCCUUAUUUUCUAGGCAUAGAUUAGCGAAUGUAAAAUAGACAAAUUUCUUUACUAUUUUAAGAAAACUACUAGUUUACUUACAGAGGAUUCUUUUUGUGAACAGUGAGUUUUUAGUCUGAGACCAUCAGGAGAACUACACAUUCUUUCUUAUUAAGAAUGGAAAAAUUCUACCUGGAGUGAACAUAAAAUUUACUUAUACUCCAUCACAUUCAGAGUUCUUGGAUUGUGACCUUUUGCCAGUAUAACAAAGAAGCCCAGUUACUUUUUUAAUCAAAAAACAUUCUUUAUGUAGCUCACUGUAAAGCUAGACUAGCCUGUAGGUUGCUCCUUCAUGUGUCAGUGGGGGCCUCCAAUAAACGUGAUAAUUUUAAGAGUCUUUCUCAGGGUAACUUAAGGUUUUCUUAAUACAGAAUGUUUCCAGCUACAAAUUCCUUUCAGAUAAAUUGUCUUUCCUUUCAAAAAAUACUC